AAUUUCAAUUUCCUGAUUAAGAGUAAUGUUUGUAAAGGAAAGCCUAAUCCAUUGUUGCUGAUAUUGGUACUAUCUAAAGCUGAAAAUGCCAGACAAAGACAUGCCAUUCGGUCCACUUAUGGCAGUGUGGUGAGAGAUGUUAAUUUGGUGUUUUUGUUUGGGAAAACCAACUCAUCAGAGAUGGAAAGUUUAGUUCAGAAAGAAGCAGAUGUAUUUGGUGAUAUUGUGCAGGCCGAUUUUGUAGAAUCUUAUUAUAAUCUGACUUAUAAAGUUUUGAUGGGAUUUAAAUGGGUGAAACAUUUCUGUCCUGGAGCAAUAAAUAUUAUGAAAGCAGAUGAAGAUACCUUUAUGGACAUUCCACGAUUAACAAACAUCAUGGCUUCCACUGACAUGACCAAUAUUAUUUACGGUCAUUUUCACUUUGCCGAUGAUGUUGAUCGUAAGGUAGAGAAAACAAAAGUAGUAAUGGAGGCUUUUCCAUUCAAGUAUUACUUGCCACAUGUGAAAGGAAACAUGUAUUUCAUGAGUAAAACCUUAGCAUUUCAAAUUUUAGAAUUGUCAGAAUAUUUUCCUUAUGUGAAUAUUGAAGAUGCUCAUAUUACUGGAACAUUA